CCGAGCGUCCAGGUGGGCGCUGGGCUUCUGGAGUCCCCGCUUUCUCAGCGCACCCCUCUCUGAGCUUGUGGCUUCCUCUCUCGAGCAGAACAGAACGGAAAGAGGCAAUGCAUGCGUAGUGCUGGGCACCAAGGAAGCCACCAAUAAAUGGCAGUCGUUGCUCCGGCUGUUGUCUAUCUGUCCGUUCAUUCUGCAAAUCCCCUGGCUCGGGGUGAACUACACAGAAGGCGCUCAGCCCUCGCCCCACCCCUAGAAGACAGCGGAACUGAGAAAAGAAGAGGCCUGUGGACAGAAAAAUCAUGGUCAGGGGGCCAGGGGGCCAGGGGCCGUUCGGGUCGGACUCCCUGGUGGUGUGCGAGGUGGACCCAGAGCUAAAGGAAAAGCUGAGGAAAUUCCGCUUUCGAAAAGAGACAGAUAAUGCAGCCAUAAUAAUGAAGGUGGACAAAGACCGGCAGAUGGUGGUGCUGGAGGAAGAAUUUCAGAACAUUUCUCCAGAGGAACUAAAAAUGGAGUUGCCAGAAAGACAGCCAAGGUUCGUGGUUUACAGCUACAAGUAUGUGCACGAAGAUGGCCGAGUGUCCUACCCCUUGUGUUUCAUCUUCUCCAGCCCUGUGGGCUGCAAGCCCGAACAACAGAUGAUGUAUGCAGGGAGUAAAAACAGACUGGUGCAGACUGCCGAGCUCACAAAGGUGUUUGAAAUCCGCACCACUGAUGACCUCACCGAAGCCUGGCUCCAAGAGAAGUUGUCUUUCUUUCGCUGACCUCUGGGUUGGGGAUCUGAAUUCCUGAUGUCUGAGCCCCCAAAGGAACGGGGGACUCAGACCCCCUAGGACCUGAACAUCCCAGACCCCGAAGAAAUUAAAAUGCAAGAACUCAA